AUGGCCCCGCGCCCCGGACAGCUCCUUCUGCGCCGCCGCCUCGUCGGGCUGCUGGCCGGCGUCGCCGCCAUGCUUCUGCUGCCGAUACUGCAGGCGGGCCGGAGCUGCCCGUCGUGCUUCUGCUUCGCCACCCCGGACACCGUGCAGUGCCGCUACGUGCGCCUCCUCGAGCCCCCCGACGAGCUGCCCCGGGCCGUGCACAACCUCUCCAUCGUCGGCGGCAACCUGACGGUGCUGCGCACGGCCGCCUUCGCCGGAGGCUGGACCCGCGGCGAGCCCGCUCGGCCGCUAGGCAACUUGACGCUGCUGGUACUGACGCACAACCACAUCGAGACGUUGGAGGAGGCGACCUUCGCCGGCCUGCCCGCCCUGGCCACGCUGGACCUGAGCCACAACCCGUUGCGCUCCGUGGCGCCGGGCGCCUUUGCUUCUUGCGCGCGGUUGCGCACGCUGCGCCUCAACCAGGCGCUGCUGGCGCCCGGGGCGCCGCCCUUCGCCGAGUUGUUGGACGGCGCGCUCUUGAACCUCAGCCUGGUACGCCUGGAGCUGGCCGGCAACCGGCUGCGGCAACUGCCGGCCCCCUGGGCCCUGCCGCCGAGCUUGGAGGAGCUGGACCUGCGCAACAACUCCCUGCGGGCGCUACGCUCCGAGCGCCUGGACGGCUUGGCGGCGCUGGGCCGCGUGCGGCUACUGCUGGACUCGAACCCGCUGCACUGCGAUUGCGCCUCGUUGCGGCCCCUGCUGCUCUGGCUGCGCAACGCCACGUGGCGCGCGCCCGGAGUGCGCCGGCUGCGCUGCGCCUCGCCGCCGCAGCUGCGCGACCGGCUGCUGUGGCGCCUACGGCUCGUGCAGCUGGAAUGCCUCGACGGCGCGGACUGGGCGCUGCUGGAGCCCGGCGGCUCCGAGGAAGAGGAGAUGGAGACGGCCUCGUACGUCUUCUUCGGCAUCGUCCUGGCGCUCAUCGGCGUCGUCUUCCUCAUGGUGCUCUACCUCAACCGAAAGGGCAUCAAGCGGUGGCUCAGCAACCUCCGAGAAGCCUGUCGGGACCAGAUGGAGGGCUACCACUACCGCUAUGAGCAGGACAGCGACCCGCGACGGGCCAGCCCCGGAGACCUCUGA